AUGACAGAUAUAUCCAAGCCUCAAAAAAUUCCCCGACUCAGCCGGAACUUCACCAACACAGAACGGUGGCAAGCGAUCGCCACCCGCGACAUAACAGCCAACAGCUUCGUCUAUGCCGUCCUCACCACAAAAAUCUACUGCCGCCCCUCCUGCCCAGCACGAUUAGCCCGCCGUGCCAAUGUCCAAUUUUAUGACACCCCUCUGCAAGCAGAGAAAGCAGGCUUCCGACCCUGCAAGCGCUGCCGUCCGGAUUCGGGUCAGACGGCGGCUCAAAGCAACCCCCAAACCGCUGUGAUUGACAAAGCCUGCGAGUCAAUUAGGAACAUUCUGACGACAGGGCUGAAACCAAAAUUAAGAGAUCUGGCGGCGGAGGCUGGCUUGACAUCCAGUCAUUUCCAUCGUGUGUUUAAGAAACAUGUGGGCGUUACGCCCCUUCAAUAUGCAGAGAGCCUGAUGCAAAGCAACCUGCACUCGCCGGAAUCAUCGCCAUCCGAUGAUUUUUCUGGAAUUGAAACACCGCGCUCAGCCUCUAGGGAUAGGGGUGGUGAGGUCUUGGAUCUAGAUCGGAAUAGUGAAAAAGGGGCUGGUUUGUCGGCGGCUAGGGAAACAAUCCCAUUUUUGAGUGGCUGGAAUGAGUUCGAUGCUCUGCUGGCUUCUGAAUUGGAACAAACGUGGGUGCCUGGCUUAUCUAUUGACCCUCGAAGGAUUUUUGGGUGA